ACCGAACGUACCAAAAAAUAAUAAUCCAUCUUGUCAUCGUCUUUUGAUAGUGCGUGGGUGAAGGACCAACGACGUCAGUAAAGUACGAAAAUCGAGCUGGCUGGUGUGGCUGGAAAAAAAAAGGUGGUUGGAGGAACACAAGAUUUCGCUGAGUCUCUCCCCGUCCGCCCUUUCCCUCACUCUCACUCUCGGUUCACACUGCUGAUUGGAACAUCUCAUUUUUGCAUGCACAGAAGAGACACUUUCGUCUAUACCGUUCGUUACUGAAAAGAAAUUUGUCGUCGAACGCAAGGAGGUGGAGGAGGAGUCAGGAAGUGUGAAGAAGGUCUUCUUCUUGCUUCUAUAUACCCCACCAAAAAGACCAACACAAAAGUCCGGAAUCACCAGCAACGCACGCAUUCCAACAAACCGACUUCGAUCACAUUCCGACAACCAACCACACAUCGAUAUCGGAGGAGAGACGGGAGACAAAGAGAAAGAGAAAAGAGGAGAGGCCACGAGGGCCAAGGAAGAAGGAUGGGAGGAAUGCUACGAGCUCCUCGAGUGCUCGUCACCGCAUUUUUCCUCCACGCACACCUACCCACCCUCACAUCCGCCAACCCGAAUCCACACGAACGAGAACUCGCCGGCUUCUCCUUCAACGAGCUGUUCGCGCGAUGGGAUUGUACCGGCACAGCUUGCGGUGCUGAUGGCCAAUACUGCUGUAGUCCUGGCACCGCAUGCACCACCAACGCCGCCAAUAUCGCGCAAUGUGUCGCUGCGCAAGUGACACCUGCUGCGACACCAGCUGCCGGUGGAGCAUGGCAAUAUUACACAACCACAUACGUGGAGACGGAUCUGGUGACGAGGACGAGCAUAUGGAGUUCGUACGUGGGGGGAGCUGCUGCCACGGGCAUUGCUUGCAACUAUGCCCUCAAUCAAUCACCGUGUGGUUCCAUCUGCUGCGCGAGUGAUCAGUAUUGUUAUACUGCGGGACAGUGUGUUGCAAACGGCAAUGGUGGGAGCUCUGGCGCCGGGUAUGCCACAUAUACGACACCUGGUGCGACUGCUGGUGCUCCAAUCCGACCAACAACUUCGGGACAGUUGACUGUGACCGCAACCAAGAGUCCCACCACCACAGUUGCCUUCUUGGCUCCGGUCGCGACUGGUGCCAAUAUCACGCUUUCGGAGUCGGACAACGACGAUGACGGUGGACUCUCUGGCGGCGAAAUCGCUGGAAUUGUCAUUGGAGUUCUUGCGGGCCUUCUACUCUUGGGUCUGCUCUGCUUCUGCUGCUGUCUCAAAGGCCUGUUCGACGGCUGUCUCGCCUGCUUCGGUCUCGGCGGUGGAAAGAAAAGGAGAAGGACAGAAAUCGACGAGUAUGAGCGUCACUCACACCACACCUCUGGCGGUGCCGGUGCCGGUCGGACAUGGUACGGUACCGCAAGACCUCCCGCUCGAGUCGAUCGACGAGACCGAAAAUCAAACACUGGCAAGGAAUUGCUGGGCAUUGGAGCAGCUCUUGCAGCUUUGUGGGCUGUAUUGGGGCUUAAGCGAAAACGAGAUGGGCGGAGAAAUGACGAAAAGUACUCGGAGUAUUCGUAUUCGAGUGAUUACUAUACUAGCGCCAGCAGCGCGAGCUCAGACGAUAGGCGGACCCACGGGACUCGAUACUCACGGCGAUGAGGGGCGCUGGUCUCCCAUAUCACGUCUCUUACGGCCAUACGCGAAUAAUACGACGACAACAACACCAGCAUACCAGAUGCUCAGAAGGAGAGGAGCAUCUCGUCCCAAAAAAAAACAGUAUAGGAACUGGCGUUUGUGGCUUCUGCCUCAGCAGGUGGUGGCGAGCGCGAGAAGCGCCUUGGCGUACCUAGAGAAGGGUCCUGUACACACAAACCACAAGACUCCAAUUCGUAUGACAUAGUCGAAAGAAUUCUAUCACGAAAUGAUGAUUAUUGAAGCCAAC